AUGGUGCGGCUUAGGUCAACUAACACAAAGAAGAUACAGUUCACUCAACGAUUGCCUUUGGGUUCCGAACUCCAUAUGGGGAAGGAGCGUUGUUGUUUCCGAGGUCUCGAUCAUUUACAUGGACCCACUUCUCAUUCCAUUUGUGGGAAUUUGAUGAUCUAUAAACCGUCCCUAACGAAUGAUCGCCUCAUGUUUGAGCAUGAUGAAUCACUUCGUGCCGACCUGUUGCCAAUAAACUUUCCGGCCUCAUAUGAGAAUGGAAAACUGGAUAAUUUUCUGCAUCGGUGGAUGAAAAAUCGCGAACAUAAUAAUUUUUUGUUGAUCAUGUUCCCAGAAAAAAGAUACUUUAGAGAAACAACGAGCACGACUGAAGUGGCUAUACAUACAAAUCCAUUUACGGAUAGAUAUGCUUCGAUUGGAACUGGAAGUUCCAGAACAGGCGGCUGGUAUACCACCAUAAUGAAACUGCCUUUUCUUUUUUUUAUUCGGAUAGGAUUUAUGUUGGCUUCGUCGGGAGGCUCGCGUAGUUUGUUACGUCAGCUCCAAAAGGAUAAGUUGCGUUGGAAUCGAGAAAGUUCCGUGGAAUUCAAAAUUGCAUUAAUAAAAUAA